UUUGAUCUGCAGCAAGAUGCUGAAGUUAGCCGUUUUCCUCCUCUGUGUGCUGCCUUUGGCAUCUGCAGGGGGACUUGCCAAUAAAGUUCUGCUGUUUCCACAGAAGACUGAUAACAGCUAUGUUAAAAUCACUCCAGAAAAACCCCUAAACCUUACAGCUUUCACUUUAUGCAUGCGUGUCGCCACAGAGCUGCAAGGAAAGAGAGAGGUUAUUCUCUUUGCCUACCGUAUGCCUGAAGUCGAUGAGCUUAAUGUUUGGAUUGAAAAAGACAGAACCAUAGGCUUGUAUCUUGGUAGUUCUAGUGCGGGAGUGCGUUUUUACUUGCCACCUCUCUCCACCUUCCGGACGCACCUGUGCUUCACCUGGAGCUCAUCGACCGGUCUCGUGGCCGCUUGGAUGAAUGGACAACGCAUUAUUUACCAGAAAUACAAAAAAGGUCUCACCAUCCGUUCCGGUGGCACUGUGGUGCUCGGUCAGGAUCCUGAUUCACGUUUGGGUGGUUUUAAUGCAGAGCAGUGCUUUGUAGGUGAAAUUGGAGAUGUGAAUCUGUGGGAUGGGGUUCUCACUGCGAAAGAGAUUCAGGGGUUAUAUUUACAAAGCACAGCAGUAAAAGUGCCAAAUGUAAUUAAUUGGCGCACAGCUGUGUAUGCUAUAAUUCCAGGAAGCAUUGUGGAAGUGGUGGAUUUUUGAUUCCACACACAGAUGUCUGUUUCAAGUCUGUACAUCAUAUGAAUUAACUAAACAAUUUUUCUGAGCAUUACAACUUAUGAAUUAAUCAAUAAAUCUUUC